CCCAUGUGUUAGGCUAGCGAAAACCCAAUCUAAUUCAAUCACAUCUAAUCUCCCUCAAAUCUAUGCCACAGCGAAGCCUUCGAUCAAUAAGUAACUUGUUUUGUUUUCUUCGGUCACGAAAAUCACAAUCUCGAUAGGGCACCAUGGACAGGAAAGCCAUUGCCGACAAAAUAAGGAAGAUGCAGGCAAAUGCUGAGCAUGUCCAGCUGGGUGGCAAGGGUACACCUCGACGAAAGAAGAAGAUCGUGUUCAAAACCGCUGCGGCUGAUGACAAGAAAGUGCAAAGUAAUCUGAAGAAGUUAUCCGUGACGAACAUUCCCGGUAUUGAAGAGGUAAAUAUGAUCAAAGACGAUGGAACAGUUAUUCACUUCAACAAUCCAAAAGUACAAGCAUCUGUGCCAGCAAAUACGUUUUCAAUCACUGGAGCUGGAGAAAAUAAGCAAAUCACUGACAUGCUACCUGGUAUACUCAAUCAACUUGGACCCGAGUCGCUCACACAUUUAAAGAAAUUGGCUAAUAAUGUUACAAGUCAGUUCAAGCCUGCACCCGCUGAUGAUGAUGUUCCAGAUCUCGUAGGAGACUUUGAUGAAGCUUCCAAGAACGAGGCUAAGGCUGAAGAACAGAAGGCUUAA